CAGAUGAGUGAUUUUGGGAUCAGGAACAUGGAUCAAGUAGCUCCUGUGUCUAACAUGUACAGAGGAAUGCUCAAGCGUCAACCAGCAUUUGACACCUUUGAUAGUUCAAACUCUCUCUUUGCUGGAUAUUUUUUCUCACUAAACGAAGAUCAAACGCUUCAAGAAGUGCCGACAGGAUUUGAUUCUACUUCUUAUGAGUCGAACAACUGUGAAUUGCCUCUGUUAACCCCAUGCAGUAAGGCUGUGAUGAGUCAGGCCUUGAAAGAUACUUUCAGUGGUUUCACAAAGGAACAGUGUCGGCUGGGUAUUCCAAAUAAUCCCUGGCUGUGGACUGAACAGCAAGUUUGCCAGUGGCUUUCAUGGGCUACCAAUGAGUUUAGCUUGGCAAACGUGAACUUCCAUCAGUUUCUUAUGAGUGGCCAAGACUUGUGCAACCUGGGCAAGGAGCGUUUCCUGGAAUUGGCGCCUGACUAUGUGGGUGAUAUUCUGUGGGAACACCUGGAACAGAUGAUAAAAGACAGCCAAGAGAAGACACAGGAUCAAUAUGUAGAGAACUCUCAUCUCACCUCAGUUCCUCACUGGGUCAAUAAUAACUCCUUAACUGUUAAUGUAGAUCAGAACUCCUAUGGUAUGCAAAUGCCUGGAUACCCUAAAGCCCUCAGCUAUCCCAAGCCCAGUCUUUUGACUGAUGUCUGUCAGACUUCCACAGGACCAGGUCUCCUCAAUCCGGAACAAGAGUUUUCAUUGUUCCCUAAAACCCAAGCAGAUGCCGUUGCUGUGAACUACUGUGCAGUAAAUCAAGAUUUCCCAAGAAGCAAUCUGAACUUGCUGAUAGAUAAUUCUGGUAAGCUUAGAGAACACGAAUCUAGUGACAGUGGUGCAGAAAGUUACGAAAGCUCAGAUUCGAUGCUGCAGUCCUGGAACAGCCAGUCGUCAUUAGUGGAUUUACAGCGUGUGCCAUCCUAUGAGAGUUUUGAAGAUGACUGUAGCCAGUCCUUGUGUCUGAACAAACCUACAAUGUCUUUCAAAGACUAUAUUCAAGAACGAAGUGAUCCUGUAGAGCAAGGGAAACCAGUUAUACCAGCAGCAAUUCUAGCUGGCUUUACUGGCAGUGGACCUAUCCAGCUGUGGCAAUUCCUUCUGGAGUUACUGACUGACAAGUCCUGUCAGUCAUUCAUUAGUUGGACUGGAGAUGGAUGGGAAUUUAAACUUGCUGACCCAGACGAGGUGGCACGGAGGUGGGGAAGGAGGAAAAACAAGCCAAAAAUGAACUAUGAGAAGCUGAGCCGAGGCCUCCGCUACUAUUACGACAAGAACAUCAUCCACAAGACGUCAGGGAAACGCUACGUGUACCGCUUCGUGUGCGACCUGCAGAACCUGCUGGGGUACACGGCGGAGGAGCUGCACGCGAUGCUGGGGGUGCAGCCCGACACGGAGGACUGAGCCCCGGGACGCGGUGCCAGCGGGGGCGGCGAUCGCGUGUCGGGACCGUGCCUGGGAACCCUCUGCCGUCAGUGCUUCUGGCCGUUCGGCCGGGUGCAGCUGUGGGGAAAUAAGGACCCUAACCGAUUUUGUAACCGGGGAGAGCUGGAAGGAAGUGGCCUUAUUUCGCCAGCGGCUGCGGGUGUUGCCGUGUCGGGCGCUUGGGCAGCAUGGAAGUC